GUGCAGCGCUUGCCUUAUGGGAAACGUAGUUCGUUAGUCGCCCCCCAAUGUUCUUUCAACAUUUGGUGACGUUUGUGCAACGUGAUAUCGUUCGCUGGAAAUGUUCAACUUCCGUUCCUCUGCAGCGAAGAGAGCAGAGAAACGUUAUUUAACGGUUAAGAAAGGAUUUCGGGAACGUUUCAUCGGUUCACAGUUUGAAAAAACUUAAAUGGAGCACGGUAAUGGGGAUAACCACAACUGGCCGAUGCAACGACGAGUGGAGGGUUUUGUGAACAAACAUAUGGCAGACAUUGCUCGAGGAACCCUCCAACAGAGGCUGUCUGCUGUGACCGAUGAGAUGCACAGUCUGGCUGAACAUGUCUCCAGACGCUCGGUGGAAGAGUUCAAAGACGAACAGCGGCGAGGGGACGUGAGUUUCGGCUUAGAGCCGCCGCCGCCGCCGCCGCUCUCCUCCGCCUGUAGCUCCGGAACCGCUGACAAGUUACUUUCUGCCCCAUCCACAGAGACUGUUAGUCAGCGGAAGAUCAUCGCCCUACUGGUGGAGAUCAAAGAGGAGCAGCAGAGGCAGUGGGCAGUGCUGAGGGAUCUUCAGGCCCGACUGCAGGGUCAGACCGGCUACGAGGAAGAGGAUGUGGAGGCUCUGGACGUGGAUCUCCCCCUGAGGACCCUUGAGCAGCUAGAUGAGAUGGAGAGUCAGCUGGAUGACGCAGGAAUACAGAAGAGAAUGGUUUCUUACCUGUCACGGAUGGGCGGGGCUACGGUUGACGAUGCAGUGAGACGUCUUAUGCAGUCUGUGCUUUCGUUCGCUGUUGGUUCUGAGCUCAACUGGGUGGGUCGUGGACAGAAGAGAAGCUUCAGGAACACUCGCCUCCAAGGGGUCCUCUUCUGUGCCCUGAAACGAACACCAGUGGGUAAGGAGGCCACACAUCACCAGUACGCUGACGUGGUGAAGAAAUGGCUGCGGUUUGCUCCAUUCAGACAGGGAGGGACCGGCCGUCGCUGCUGCAAACCUCCUGUGGACUUUCCAGAUUCUGAGGAAAGUAACAGUUUCAACCAAAGCUCCAUACUCUGACAUUUAUCUCACUUAUUGGGUAUCCCAAGAUACCGAAACAUUAGGCUUUCCAUUCUGAGACAAGAAUUACCCAAAAUAAAAACGCCACACGAUUAUGAAAAGAUUGCUGUUAUAAUUGCAAUAUAAUCUUUUUUUUUAAAGACUUCUGCACUCUGUUCACUUCUGGAAUUGUUCCUUCUCCAAAGUUCUAAUAGUGUAAAUGUGUCCUUUUUUUAAAGCCCAACGAGGAGACACAGCUUACUUCAGCUGUGUUAGAGAAAGAACCUGGCAAUGGUGUGCCUUUCAGAACUUAACUUGAAAAUGACGAUGCAAUCUUUCUUUUGAAAUAUCAGUCAGUGCACAUUAUUCUUAAUUGAUUAUAAAUGGAUAUAUUCACUAUGAAUUUUUCUGUAUGUAUUUUUUUUUCACCUCUUGUACACAAACAAUAUUAUCUCCCUCUAUAAUACCUUAUACAGUGUUAUUAUUCUACUGAGGGUAUGUUAGAAUUUGUACAGUGGGUGUUCACAGUUUAUACUGUAGGUGGCGACAAAAUCAAAGCAUUUGUCUCGAAGUGCAUUACAUUAAGGAGAGGGUAUUUUCUGUCAUCACUAAUGAAGCAGUAACAUCUAAUGUAAUUGGUUUCAAUCGUUCAGUAAGCUGAAGAUGCUAUUUCACAGAAAAAGUGUCCCCAUGACUGUUCCCACGUGUCUUUGUGUCUCAUUUGGAUUUGUUUGUUCCAACAACACGGAUGAAAAGUGCUUCCAAUUAUGAUUUGGUAACAUUUAGUUUGAACUUUGAUAAGAACAUUUUUUGCAAAGAAAUCAGAGCAGGUGCAUAGUAAUUAAGUAAUUGUAAUUAAGUAAUUGUAUUAACCUUGCAGCACAAAGGAAACAUUGGAAAUAUGACAGGGAUUAUAUUCACAUCAUUAUGUCCUCUUUACACUAUUUACAUGUUGAAGACAAAGUCAAACAAUUAGCUAUUACAACACAAUGUGUCUUCAAGUCUUUGAGGAUUGAUUCCAUCACACAGAGUACAUUAUGAUGUGAUUUAUAUUCCUGGCAUGUUUCUUAAAUUAUUUGGUCGAAUGCAGCCCAACAGCACAUGGAUAAUGACAGUAAUAACUACAGUACUGGGUUAAAUAAUGUAAAUACAAAUUAUACCACAGUAUCAAAUGCUUGGUUAGCUUUUGUUUUUUUGUAAUGCAAGUAUGUUAAACCAUGUAAAAUAUAGGUAUGUAUGAUGUUUAUCACUUCUAGUAUUCUUGUUUCUUAAUGUAUAUUAAUAAUUUUCAGGUGAUAAAUAUGUUAUGUUUCAAGCUUCAGUGAAAUUAUACACUUUUCUUGGGUGAAGGAAGCUGGUCCUGUGUAAAUGUGUUUCCAAGUAUAAACCAAGCUGAACUUAAUUAAAUGUGUCUUUUUUGCA